AUGACCACCAACAACAAGACGAACAACAACACAAUAAUGAUCAACAAGGCGGAACAGAUCUUCGUAACGAAUGCGACCGGUCGGCCCACCAAGCUGGAGAAACGUGCUGACAACUAUGGCCUGUUCGCUCUGCUGAAGCUAGUAUGGGACGGCAUGGAAGUCGAUCAGGACACCUGCGACAAGGUCCUCAAGAUAUGGCACGAUGGACAUCCUGGACAGACACUCCUCUGGCCCAAAGCAUAUCCGCUCCCGCUUGGUCUGCCGUCCUUGCCUCCAACAGCGCGGUUCCGCAAGGAUGCGGCGCAAGCGCGACAUGUCAUCCCAGAUUUGCCAACUUCUGAUGACUUCCCUUCGAGUCUCGAGGGUGGUUCAAAGCUUGUAAACUCUUCACUGGAGUCUCCAUACGCUGCCCACGAUGAGACCCCAUCCCACACUCCUCCACCGGCGCUCUCGGGCUCGGUAGAUACGAUUCAGGCUGACGACUCCAAUUCUUGGCAACAUUCUGAUAUGGAUGCCUACAUGACUCUUGACGAGGAGAUGGACAUUGCGGACAAUACCAGCUCUUCGCGCACCCUUCACAGCGACACUCAGAUGACCAACUCCGAGCCGGCAGAGGAGGGAGAGGGAGCAGACGAGGAUACCGGCAGCGCGAACCAUUCGCAGUCGAGCUCUAGCACCGGUCUUCCAAAGAAGCCACGGAAGAAGAAGAAGAAAUCGGAACUCUUCACCCGACGAAAAGCAAAGCCGCAGUAUCUGAUCAAUGGCAUCAUCGGCGAGAAUGGUGGGGAAUACCUUAUCGACUGGGUGGGUCGCUCGCCGCCUUCGUGGGAGCCGAAGCGUUUGGUAAACAAGCCAGCGGAGAGGGAAUGGAGGAAGAUGAAAGAGGUGCAAGUGUAA